GCAAGAAGAAGUGGCCAAGAAGAACCUAGCAAAGCAUCGUCGAGCCUUCUUCAUCCAUGGAGCAGCACAAGGCGUCCGUCCUGCUCUGCCUCGUCGCCCUCGUCUACUGCGCCGGGCGCGGCGCGGACUGCAUGCGUGUGCUUCACGACUCCGACGCCGAGUUCGCCUUCGGCUCCAGGGCCGCCGCCUCAGCCGCAGCCGCAGCGGCGGGAAGCGACGCGUUCGCCUCGCCGCGGGACGCGACCUUCGAUGACUACGAGAACGAGAUCAGCCGGGUCGAGUUCGAGCCAGAGCACGGUAUCCCCGCGUCCUCGUCCUCCUCGUACGCCGCGGCGGCCGCGCCCAAUGCCGCGGCCGGGCCGGCACCGGGGCCGGUGAUGGCGACGGCGGGGAGCGACACCGCGGCGGCCGGGCGCGCGAGGGGGAGCAUGAAGUGGUGGCUGCCGCCUUCAACGAUGCCGACGUUCCCGCUGUUCCCGAACCCCGGCGGCGGGAUCCCCGGGUUGCCCGCGAUGCCGAUGCCGGGCGGCGGCGGGGGCGGCAUUCCCGGGUUGCCUGGCAUGCCGCUGCCGGGCGCGGGCGGCAUGCCGAUGCCGAUGAUGCCGUUGCCAGGAGGCAUGUUCAAGCCGAUCGGGUGGGGCGCGGGCGCGGCGCCGUCGCCGCCCGGCCAGGCGCAGCCCACGCCCCCCGCCGCCAGCGACACCUCCAGCUCCAGCUCCGGCUCCACCGCCAACGUCGACAACCCCAACCCCAGCGAGAACAACUGACCCAGAUGGUGUUCGAGUCCACCAUUUUUUACUGCUCCUUACUUUACUUAUAGCACGCACGUACGUAGAUCCACUGCCAGCACUUCGCUGCUGCUCGCCAUUCCUCCAGUCGACAUGUUUGUCUAGCGGCAGUACGUAUGAACAACGCUGCAUGAAAGCUUAUAUUUACUCCUGUAAAAGAUCCAGUUCCUGUUGGGCUUAAACUCUAAACGGCACAGUUAACUGCGCAACA